AGCCGGGCUCGGACGUCCCGCCAUCCCGGGAGCCUGGAUUCCGCGGCCCCGGGAGGCUCUUGAGACUCAGGCGCGAUCCCGUUACCGGCUCCUCUCAGGUUUGGAGUAAAAGGUGCACCUCGAGACACGGCAAGCAUAGAAAAUACAACUGUGGAUGAGUUGAACACAGGAGUGGUGACAGAUUUCUUGUUGACUAUGUGAAUACUGACUGGGGAGCACAGGAAUGGAACCUGGAAUGGAGGAGAUCCCAGUUAAAGUUGCAGUUCGAAUCAGACCUCUGCUUUCCAAAGAAAUACUUCAUAACCACCAAGUGUGUGUGAGAUUAGUCCCACACAGUCAACAAAUUAUCAUCGGGAAGGACCGUGUCUUCACUUUUGAUUUUGUAUUUGGCAAAAACUCAACCCAAGAGGAAGUUUAUACUGUCUGCAUUAAGCCUCUUCUAGUGUCUUUGGUUGAGGGAUACAAUGCUACAGUGUUUGCAUAUGGACAGACAGGUUCUGGGAAGACUUACACCAUCGGAGGUGGCCACAUUGCAUCAGUUGCAGAGGAUGAAAAGGGCAUAAUCCCACGGGCUAUUCAGGAAUUGUUUCAGCGUAUAUCUGAAAACCAUAACAUUGAAUUCCACGUGAAAGUCUCGUAUAUAGAGGUUUACAAGGAAGAACUUCGCGAUUUACUGGAGUUAGAGACAUCUGUGAAAGAAUUACAUAUCCGAGAAGAUGAAAAAGGAAAUACAGUGAUUAUUGGUGCUAAGGAAUUCCAAGUAGAAUGUGCAGAUGAAGUGAUAAGCCUGUUGGAAAGUGGCAAUGCAGCUCGUCACACAGGCACAACACAAAUGAAUGAACACUCUAGUAGAUCUCAUGCCAUUUUCACCAUCAGUAUUUGUCAAAAGCAGCCCACAGAAAGUCAAGGAAAUACUGAUGCUGCACAGGAUUCAUCUUGGAAAUCGGUUCAGGUGAUUGCUUCAAAGUUUCAUUUUGUGGACUUGGCAGGAUCAGAGAGAGUAACUAAGACUGGAAAUACUGGUGAACGCUUCAAAGAAUCAAUUCAGAUCAACAGUGGUCUGUUGGCCUUGGGAAAUGUCAUCAGUGCCCUUGGGGACCCAAAAAGGAAAAGUGUACAUAUUCCAUACAGGGAUGCUAAAAUCACUCGUAUCCUGAAAGACUCUCUUGGAGGAAAUGCUAAGACUGUCAUGAUAACAUGUGUAAGUCCAUCCUCAUCAGACUUUGACGAAUCUUUAAAUUCUCUCAAAUAUGCCAACAGAGCAAAAAACAUCAGAAAUAAACCAAUUGUAAAUUACAACCCUGAUCAAGACCGGAUUGAUGAAAUGGAACUUGAAAUCAGAUUGCUUCGAGAAGCUCUGCAGAACCAGCAAGUCAGUAGUCAUUGUUCACAUGACUUAAAUCAAGAAAGAAUUCAUAUCAGUUCACUGGAGGAGCAGCUCACCCAGCUUCAGUUUCAAUGCUUCAGUUACAAAAGUUGUGUAGACGAAGCUUUCUCAUUUCUGGUUGAUUUGAACAAUGACGGUAGCUUGAAAAGAAGCCAUCGGGAAAAGCUGCAGAGCUGGAUCACUAUGGCACAAGAAGUAAGGAAGGAAGCUGUCACCAUGCAGGAAAAUGACACAGGGACGGCAACUGGCCAGGCACCACAUCACAUUACAGAUCCUCAGCUAAAGAGGGAACUAAAUAAAUGCCAGCAGACUGUAGUGAUGGAUGAAGACAUAAUUAGCCAGAAAGAUCGUGAACUAUAUGUACUGCAGAACCAGAUAAAGACAUUGAUACAGGAAAAUGAAAAACAACUGGAAUCUUUAAAGAAGGCUCAAGAAACCUACAGGUUACAGAAUGAGAAAAUGGUGGAACAGCAAAUGCUUAUUGAUCAGCUGAAAGAAAAAUUAGAGAAGUUUACAGACGUGAGAGCUUUGGACUUCUCAGAUGCUUGUGAGCAUGGGCCAGCUGUUGUGACACCUGCAAGGCCAUACAGUGUCCCACUCACAAAGAGCCUGCUACGCUCCCUUCACCCAUCUUCAGGGACAGAUACCCGAAAGGUGUAUACCAGCUCUCCACUGUCCUCCCUGGCCAAAGUAAUGGCAGAAUUUCGUGCUCGCAGCCAGAUGAUACAGAGCAACAUAGAAGAUCAGGAUACAGUCCUUCACUGCCACCUCUCUGAUCAGAGUGAUGAAGAGAAAGAAAAUACAGGCAGCAAAAAGGAAACUUCAUUUAAGCAUUCCAUAAACCAAACAUGGACACAAAAACAGGCUUCUCUGAGCUUUCUUCCUGAUCUAAGUGACAUGAAGCAUCAAGUAGACAAGUCUGAUAUUGAGAGCCUCCAGAAAAGUCAUGUUCUCAAUAUGCAGAAGUUAAAGAAUUCAGAGUUGAGACUCACUGAGGCCAAGCAGAAAAUGAGAGAACUUGCACUUAGUAUCAAAAUGAAAGAGGAGCUUCUUCAGGAGUUAGUAAGAACAGGUAAGGAUGCUGAGCAUGUAAGCAGGCAAUAUGCUUUGAAGAUAAGUAAGCUGGAGAAAGAAUCUGAGCUUGCCAAAAUGGAACUGGAUGAAACACAAAGGCAUCUUCAGGAGCUGGAGAGGAAGGAGCUUAGAGACAUGCCUGAGAAAGCCAAGUUACAAAAAGAGCUCCAGAAAAAGAUUGAUGCAGCUAAAUUGAAAGUGCAGGCCUUAGAGAAGAAGCAGCAAGACACCAAGAAUCUGGCUCUGUUAACUAACCAAAGUGAGAGACAAGCAACAGAACUUGAGCAGAACGUUACUCAGAUGAAGCACCAGCAAACCCAACUACAGAAAAGACUGUGUGAGGAGAAUGAAAAAAAGAAACAACUAGAAGCAGAGAUUCAGCAGGAGCAGCAACAAAUUAAAGAACUUCAACUUAAGAUGGAGCAACAACAGAAGAUCCUUAAACUUAAGGAUAAAGAGACAGCUGCAUUUAAAAUGAAGAAAAAUAACUCAGUUGGAGCAUUGCAGAAGCCACAGAAAUUAGAAGAACAAAAGAAAUGGCUGGAUGAAGAAAUUGAAAGAAUUCUCAAACAUCGCCAACAAUUAGCAGGACUUGAAGAAGAUUUAAAGAAAAGAGAAGCUAUUGUAGCCAAAAGAGAAGCAUUAUUGCAAGAGAAAAGCCAUCUGGAAAUCAAGAAACUGAGAUCUAGCCAGGCUUUAAACAAGGACAGUAUGAAAUUAUCUACUCGCUUAAGUAUGGUGGAUCAGGAACUGUGUGACAAAGGUAUGCAGCUUCAGGGCAGCACCACUGAAGAUCAGACAGACAUUCUGGAAGAAAUUCAGGUUCUUCAGAUGGAAAGGGAAGAGCUGCUCAGAAGAAGAAAUAGUGUGGAUGAGAAACUGAAAGAUGGUAAAGUGUUAUCAACUGAAGAAGAACAUACUCUUUUCCAACUGGAAGAAGGAAUUGAAGCCCUGGAGGCUGCUAUUGAUUACAAGAAUGAAAAUAUUCAAAAUCACCAGCGCUUGCUUAGGUCAUCCUCUCAGAUUCUUUCACAGAGUGAGAGUAAUGUAAUAGGAAAACUAGUUUCCUUGUCUGCUGCAGAGCUCAGAGCUAUCAUCUUCAAAUAUUUCAAUAAGAUUGUUGGCCUUCGUGAAUCUGAACGUGAAUUACAACUGCAGAUUGAAGAACAGAAAAUGAAGGUCAUAGACCAGGAAAACAUAAUACGUGAAUUAAAAUCUGCACUUAAACAUGUCAAUUUGCAGUGUGACAGGCAGCUGACCCUACAACACAAAGAGCAUGAGAAAAAACUACAGCUAAUACUGCAUCAUUUCAAAGAACAAGAUAGUGGAAGUCUUGCAGAAACCCUGAAAAGCUAUGAAGCAAAAGUCCAGCAACUGGAAAAAGACUUAUUUUUCUACAAGAAAACAAGCAGAGAGCUGAAGAAGAAAUUGAAAGGCCUAUUUGGAGAGUCAUCCCAUCAAUUAUUGCCAUCCACUAAAUAUAACAGCACUGAUAAGGCAUCCAGUCAAGAUGAAGUAGAAGUUGCUUCUGAAGAAUUCAAGUCAAUACUUAACCCUGAAACCAAUUGUCAUCCAGGGAAAAUAAAAGAAACAGACAAAACAAAUAUUUUAAGAGCACAGCAGAAUUCAUAUAGGUGCAACAAGGAAUGUUUGUCAAGCACUAGUGAUGACAAAAGAGGGAAAGAUGAAGCUGAGCCUUCAAAACCUCAUUCUCAGCUACCUCCAGUCAUCCAGAGAAGAAAAACCAUAACACAGUUUCAAGGAGUAACUCCAAUAAAACUUUCUCGCCGAGAGCUUCGUCACAUUCCUCCAUCUGAGCUAUCUCUGAGACGCUCAAGCCUUGGAGCUGGUGUCAGUUCUAUUGCUCUAGAUUCCAUUGAAAUGGACAAAAAGUCUAGUGUCACUAAGACAUAG